AAUGACCAAAUUACCCAACUAGACAGCAAAACAACAGAAAAUACAUGUUUGUCCUGUGCGAUUAAAUCGGAAGACUGCUCUGUUUCGCUGGCUUCUACCACAAAUCACCCCUCCCCCCUUUAUCCCCUUCCACUUCCACAACGUGGUCUUAUACACACACCUAUACUUACAACUAUACACAUACCUAUACUUACGCCUAUACAUACAGAUAUUCCUAUAUAUGUUUAUAUUCUCUAGGUGACUUGUGUUGUUGUGCCUCGAAUCAUUUUUGCAUUAGCAGAUCUGGAUGACGGAUCAGCAGCGCAACAGCGGUGGGAGCUCGCCGGAGUCGGUGGUUCCGGCGAGGGAUGCGGCGGUUCCGGCGACGGAAGUUGCGGUGAAGUCCGGGAGUAGUAGUGGGAGUGAAUUGGAUAGUAAGGAAGCUAUGGCGAGUUCGCUGUCUAAUGGCGGUGGAAGUAAUUCGUCAGGCAAUGCUAGCAGAAGUUUUCCGAGAGUUAAUACUUUACCUGUAGAGUUUUUGAACUCAGACAAGUUUAUGCCACCUCCAAGCCAACUUAAGUUAGAAAGAUCAAAGACUGAGAGACAAAAGCAUCAUAACAUAAGGGCUGAAGACGCAGCACAAAUUUUUGAUGAUAAACUUCCUAUCAAGGAGAAGCUAAGCCUAUUGAAGAGAAUAGCUACAGUGAAAGAUGACGGAACCGUAGAGUUUGAAGUCCCCGGAGAUGUUGCUCAUCAGGCACUCAAUGUUCCGCCUGAGAGUGUUUACAAUGAAGUUGAUGAUGAUCCUCUUGACUCGGCAGACCUUCAAGAUAUUCCUCCUCUACAAAUUGUAAUUCUUAUAGUUGGUACACGUGGUGAUGUGCAACCCUUUAUUGCAAUUGGAAAACGGUUACAGUACUAUGGGCAUCGUGUUAGGCUGGCAACUCAUGCAAAUUUUAAGGACUUUGUUUUGACCGCUGGGUUGGAGUUCUAUCCUCUAGGUGGAGAUCCAGUGGUUCUUGCAGGAUACAUGGUUAAAAACAAGGGAUUUUUGCCAUCAGGACCUUCGGAAAUACCUGUUCAAAGAAAGGAAUUAAAAGAGAUUAUAAAUUCUUUGCUUCCAGCGUGCACCGAACCUGAUGUUGAUACUGGAAUACCAUUUAAAGCAGAUGCUAUUAUUGCCAAUCCCCCAACAUAUGGACAUACUCAUGUGGCUGAGGCACUGAAAAUACCAAUUCACAUAUUCUUUACAAUGCCAUGGACGCCAACUAGUGAAUUUCCACAUCCUUUAUCUCGUGUUAAGCAACCAGCUGGAUAUAGAUUGUCUUAUCAAAUAGUUGAUUCCUUAAUCUGGCUCGGAAUCCGAGACAUGAUAAAUGAUGUCAGAAAGAAGAAGUUAAAGUUACGACCAGUCACAUAUCUAAGUGGUACUCAAGGAUCUGAUUCUGCUAUUCCAUAUGGAUAUAUUUGGAGUCCGCACCUUGUUCCUAAACCAAAAGAUUGGGGGCCUAAAAUUGAUGUUGUGGGGUUUUGCUUCCUUGACCUUGCAUCGAAUUAUGAGCCUCCUGAAUCACUUGUCAACUGGCUGAAAGCUGGCACAAAGCCUAUUUAUAUUGGAUUUGGUAGCCUUCCUGUUCAAGAGCCGGCAAAAAUGACCAAAAUAAUUGUUGAUGCCCUAGAGAUUACUGGACAAAGGGGUAUCAUUAAUAAAGGUUGGGGUGGUCUUGGUGAAUUGGCCGAACCAAAGGACAAUGUUUACCCGCUUGAUAACGUUCCUCAUGAUUGGCUAUUCUUACAAUGUGCUGCAGUGGUGCACCAUGGGGGUGCUGGGACAACAGCUGCUGGUCUCAAGGCAGCGUGCCCAACGACCAUAGUACCCUUCUUUGGCGACCAAAUGUUCUGGGGAGAACGAGUCCAUGCAAGAGGAGUAGGACCCACACCUAUUCCAGUUGAUGAUUUUACACUUCCCAAGUUGGUUGAUGCAAUCAAGUAUAUGCUAGAGCCCAAGGUAAGAGAGAAUGCAAUAGAACUUGCGAGGGCAAUGGAAAAUGAAGAUGGAGUGGCAGGGGCCGUACGAGCAUUCUUUAAACAGCUUCCUAACAAAAACAAAAAGAAUACACCUGAGCGUGAGCGUGAGCGUGAACCAGCGCCAUCAAAAUUCUUCUUGAGUAAAUGUUUUGGGUGUGCUUAGAUUUUCAUUUCCGUUAAAAGUUUUGCAGUUUUUGUGUAUUCUCCAUCAGUGUAAUUAGAAAAUGAUGUCGCUGCUGGUAAAUAUUUCUCAGCUUCAAUACUAUCACAAUUCGCUAAUCCGCAUCAACUCCAAUUCCAGUUCUUGUAUCUCAGGUUUUUGUUAAAAUGAAUUCCAUCUAAUUUAUUUU